AUGUUAAUACUGUCGAUAUACGACGUUCUACUAUUGCCAGUUACGGCGUUUGCCACUGCUUACUUGAGUUAUACCGGGGCUGUGUUCUGUGAAUACCCUAGGUUAAUAUACUUCUUGGGACUUUGGUUGUACGGUAGGUGGUUACAGUAUUAUAUAGCAGUCUAGAUAUUUUAUCUUGUCUUACCGUAUGGUAUUGUAUUGCGUCGUGACGUGAAGUAAAGUACCGUACCGUACCGUACCGCACUCUACUCUACCCUACCCUACCCUACCCUACCCUACCCUACCCUACUGUAUUUUAUCCUGUCUUACUGUAUUUUGUUCUGCCUUACUGUAUUGCAUCCUACCCUACUGUAUUGUUUCCUGUCCUACUGUACUAUACCGUUUUUUAACUUACUAUAUGUAAAUGUUACAGCCUUAUGGAUGGGUUACUCCGUCUACGCCAUGAUCCUAGCCUUCAAUCGUUGCCUAUGCUUCACCCAAGCCAACUUUCUGUUCACCGGUAAUUGGCAGUAUGUUUGGUAUGUGUUGCCUAUGGUUUACACAAUACAUCAGUUAAUAUACGGUAUGCCAGUUAUAUUUAACGCUCAGUUUUGUGGAUGGUUCUUCAACCCUCACAUGGGGUAUUUUGAGGAUGUCAAUCGAACGGUAAGUCUUAUUUUAGCCCUUAUGGUUGCUUACUAUAGCCCUACUUUGACCCAGACCUUAGCCUUACCUUGUAUUUGACAAGCCUUUAUCUUUGUCCCACCCUAAAUCAAGACUAGCCCUUAUUGUAGCCUUACCCUGGCUCUACUUUAACCUUAAUCUUAGCCUUGCGUUAGUUUAGCUUAGCCUUAAUGCUCACUAGUCUUGGGUUUACCAUAGUUUCUUAAUGAAAGUUUUUGUUUUCAGUACUUCAAUGGCUUACACCUACUAGACAACUUGAUGGUAGCAGUGGUAGUACCGUCAUUAUACAUCAUGUUUUACAUGUGCAUCAAAAACCUGCGGACAAAUAAGGAAAAUCAAUCAAAAAGGGAAAGAAAUGUGAGAUUUUUUUAAUAUGUUGGCCUACUUCACUAUGCCUUACACCAUCUUGUUCUACUCAACUUUUUUCCUAUUUAGUCUUGCCUUGCUCUAUCUGGUCUUACUCCACCCUGGUCGAAUCCACUCUAUCCUACGCAACCCUGACCUACCCUAUUCUGCCCUACUCAACUCUGUCUUACUUUAUCAUGCCCUACACUACUAUGCCCUACUUCACUCUGCCUUGCUUUACUUUGCCCUACUUCAUGCUUCUCUUUUCUAGCCUGUCUAGUUUUACUCUGUUCUACUUUACUUUGUCUUACUUUAUUACGAAUUACUUUAUAAUUUUCUUCACUGAUGUUUAGAAUAAUCUUUUACUUUCAGUUAUUCAUUACCGUAUUCACGAUAAAUAUGUUCUUGUCAGUUGGAGCAUUAGGCUAUGUCUUGAUGCAGAUAUUACAAAUGCCCACUUGGUUUAUCGUGCUUUCACAUUUCUUUUGGUUGGUCGUGCAAGGUGAGUUUAAAAUGAAAAAUACGUUUUAAAAUUUGCAGUACUAGGGUAUGAUAGAAAAGGCUUUGGUAGGGUAGUGGUUACACAGUAGAUUGUUUACCGUGUCAAGUAAAAUUGCAUAGGAUAAGCCAGAGUAGUAAAAUAGGGUAAAGUAUAUAUGUACAUUAAAGUCCAUAUUAUAGUACUUUUAUUUUAAAAUGUAAAGCUACAUAGUAUGACAAAAACUGAAAAAAAACUUUAAAAUGCAGGUGCCCCACCAGUUAUAUACCUAACAAUGAAUCAGACAUUCAAAGCACGGCUUCAGAAAAAGAAAAUUGGCGCAGUAACAACCUCUUCCAUGAAUCCUACUCCAGCUGUUAAUAAAGACAAGAAUCUCUUCUAA